UCCGCGCCGCAGCCGACUGGAGUCUAGAAAUCAGCCCCACCAAAAACUUGCAGCCUGAUCGCCGCCUGUGUGACUUCGCCUUGAUAUUAAUUAUUGCUCGCGUUUAACGCAUCGACUAAACUCCAUCAACUACACAACACCCAAGCUCAGACUCGACUUGAAGGACGGCAACGCGCUCUGGACAACACUUGCACCGCCUCGCGCAGAUUACAUCGACUGUGCCCUUCUCAAAACGAACCCUUUCUCCGACACAAAUCCUCGACCCUUACCGACUACCCUCCCCCGACAUUGACGUGAUGGCUACUCCCCAAUCCACAAUGUCGCACGACGGUGCCGAAAAGAACCAGCAGGUCACUUUUCGCUUCUGCUCCGAAUGCUCCAACAUGCUGUAUCCCAAAGAGGACGAAGACUCGCACAAGCUGCAGUUUACAUGCCGGACAUGCUUCUACACCGAGGAUGCGCAGACCACCUGUGUCUUCCGCAACGUUCUCAACCAGUCAGCUGGUGAGACGGCUGGCGUGACCCACGAUGUUGCCUCUGAUCCUACGCUUCCUCGUUCAAACAAGGCUUGCGCAAAAUGCGGCGGCGAAGAGUCCGUCUUCUUCCAGUCACAGCAGCGAAGCGCCGACACAGGCAUGAAAUUGUUCUACGUGUGCUGCAAUUGCGGCAACAUUUUCCAGUAGCCUGAGACGAGAUUGGACUUCUCACACUUCGCUACAGCAAUUUUGGGUUAGAACACGAAGCCAUGAAGCUUCUGGCGUUUGAGCGACAUUUUCUGAGAUAAACUGCAUUUGAUGGUCCCAGACGCAGCGGUCACAGCUGACCAGGCGUUGGGGUGUGGGAUAAAAUUGAUAAUGCAAAUACAUACCAAACUCAAGCUGGC